AUGCCAUACACGCCCAUACACGAUAGACCACCAUACUUCGGAAACAUACCUGCUCGACCAACACACGGCUACCUAUCCCCGACCCAGCGAUACGCCUCGCCCGAUAUCGACCCCUCCGUCCCACUCCCUCACGCAAUGUCAGCGGACGGUACCUCGCCUCGAUAUGACAGGUCGGGCGAGACUGCCUCGCAUGGCUCGAAUGGCGAACCUUCGCACGCGCAAGCUAGCGUUGCUCGUCCAGCCGCAUACCAGCCCCAACGUCGAGACAGGGAAGACCCCACCUCGUCAGCCCGUAAAAGGCCGCGGGAGGAGACGGACGAGCCCGCUGCUGCUCCUCCUCGGACACAUAGACCUCUCGUCCCAGAACCCAUCCGAGGCUCCUUCUUUGGCAUGACGGCUCGUAACCCUGUCACGAGGACGAUUGGGGAGUUUCUUCUGGAAAUGUGUAGAGGAAGGAACGAUGUCGAGGUGGAAGUCAAGCUGGGGCAGAUCUCCACGCCGGUCGAGUCUGGGCAAAGAUGGAAGCGGAUUAGUCUGCCCGCUAUGACGGAACUUAUACUACCUGCCGACUUCAAAGUUGGACCUUUCCGCUCCGACAUGUCCAAGGCCCAACACACAUCACUCAAUCAGCUUCUAAACGAAGCCACCGCUCAAUCCCACGCCUCUCGAUCCGGCUUCGACCUCGCCGACCCCGCCCGCCCUUACCCUAUCAAGUUCUUCCGCGCUCGACAGGCUGAUACAUUUUACGCUUCGCCCGGCAACUCCAAGACACGGGUAUCGAGGGAUAUGGCCACUGGCGAAGUCGUUGCGUGUAUCAAGAAGCGGAAGGUGGCGGAUCUGAACGUCGCGAAUGGGCUGGAAGCGCUGGAUUUUAGGGUCAGCGUGAGCACUGAAGAGAGCUGUGAGAUGCCAGAAGGUCAGCCAUUGAUGACCCGAGAGAAGGACAGGGCGUGUUAUCGACAUCAAUUGGUCCAGAUUGAUCUCACCUUCGUGAAGCAACUGAGUAAUGGAAAUACAACAGAAACCUUCGAGGUGGAAAUAGAAGUCGUCAAUGUCCCGGCUCUCAUUGCAGAGGGUGAAAAAGAGCUCAGAGGCGAGCCAAAUCAGUACGACGACAUGGUCACAUCCAUCCUCGACUCUGCCCGAAUCCUCAUCAGGAAUAUCGUCAGAUGA